AUGAGAAACGAACGGUUAGCCGAGCGGAUUUAUAGCGCCUAUCAGUUAGGUUCCCCUUACACGGCUACCACUUCGACUCUGUUAAGUACGGAUCAAUAUGAAAGCAGCUUGGAGUGGCUUCUAGAUUGCAACAGCGUCCCCCUGAGUGAAAAAUACCAAGACCAACGCAUGGCGCUUCAGCAACCCCUCAUAAAUGAGGAGCAGAAAGAACUACGCGAGCUGGUGGAUAGCCUUUGGUCAGUCUUACACAGGAGACUAAAUGCGGAUGCGGACUAUUCUCGUAAGGCCGACGCGGGUCAAAAAACUCCCAGUCAGGAGACUGGUAGUUCGGAAUUGAGGAGUCUGGAGAAUUGUGGAUGCGGAGCGGACCUUCUGAAAGAAGAGAACCGGUUUGCGCAGCACUUCGAGGCAGAAGGCUUGCUUCGUGGGAGUAGCCGUCACAAUGCUUCACGCGGAGUGGCUCAUGACGUAGCUCUCAUCGUUUCGGUGCCGGCGGCCAUCGUUUCUGCAUACGCCAAGCAGUGGCCCCCACAAGCUCGGGACCCCCGCCGGCCACAGGACCCUAACCAGCCACAAAACCCUGACCAGCAGCAGGAUCAUACUUCCGGUCGGGACCAUAACUCUCACCAAAGGCCGGUUUUUCGCUUGCCUUCGGCUCGGUCGCAACUGUUUCGUUUCUGGAUCGGCUUAUUUUACUUACGGACCCUUCCUGGCGAAAUUAUCGUGAUUACAGAAGGAGUGCCGAGCGCCGACUGGCGGUGCUUUGCGGAGCUGCUGAGACUUGUACGGCUAAAGUAUUUGGUCGAAACCCGCGUCCGCCUGCGCUGGGGGGCCUACCAAUUCGACCGACCCGGAACGUUCUCUCGGGAGGGGGAUUUGACUCAGGAGGGGGAUUUGACUCAGGAGGGGGAUUUGACUCAGGAGGGGGGUCUGACUCAGGAGGGGGGUCUGACUCAGGAGGAUGACGUGGAUGUGGCGCACGACGCGGUGAGCCUGUGGUUGGGUGUUCGACACACGCGGAAGAACUUUGCGAUUCUACACGAAGGUUCGAUGGAGUCCGCGAUUGCCCCGUACUCGGUGGGCUGGAGAGCUAACGUGCUGCGCCAGACCAAGGGCGUGGACGCCGUCUUCGGGCGGCGGCGUCUUGGCGACUACGCGGCCGAAACAGCAUUUUUGGCUGAGGGCGACAACUCCUCGACGUUCUGUCCUACCGUCCAAAACGACAACGACAUCACACUUGGGACCGCUCAUGGGACUGCGCUUACACGUUGGAAGUUCCGCGACGUGUUCGACGUGCACAGUUUGGCCUCGGGCACGGUGGAAGGAUGGCCGUUCUUAACGUACUGGCACCCUCUGCACUGCAGGGCGUGGUUGCGCAAGAUCGCGGAGGAGAAAGCGCGCAUCCACGAACGUUUUUUGUGGAUACUACCAAAGUGGAACGCGCUCGAACUCCGCAGCAACCGCUUCUUCGCCGACACCUGUGGAUCGGCCUGGUCCACAGACACCCUGCAGGAGGCGGCGGUGGCUGAUGCCUCGAGGGUGGUUUCGCCAAGUGCGAGGGCGCUCUUAUACGAUCGCCAGCUCUCUCACGUCGUUCGGAACAGCUUGUGCUCCUUCGCCACUCCGAUCGUGCGAACCGCUGCGUGGAAAGCUGUGAAGCCGAUUCCACAACCCGGCUCGCUGGCUGCCGCGAGUCAAGUCUUCUUUUUCAUGGCUCACGGCUUCCAAGCCGUCUGUGCGAACAUGACGGUGGCGCUCUAG